GACCAGGAAGCUACUGAGCGCCUACACUGUUCUUGCUCACAAUUCACAGAGAAAAUGUUCUUCAGGGGAGGAAUCUGGUUUUGGUUAUGUAUCAGAACAGGUGUCAUUCUAGGAAAUGAGCUAAAUAUCCCAGAGCAACACGGUAAAAAUCAUUGUUAUCAACUUAACAGGUUUCACUGCAGCUACGAGGAAGCAAAAAAUCACUGUCGUGUCCGGGGACACCUUGCUUACACUUGGAACCUGGAAGUCCAGAAUCUUCUCUGGGACUCUCGAGGGAGUAAGUGGUGGAUUGGGCAAAAUCUAAAGCACCUGGGAAAACAUCAAGAAAAAAACAAUCCAGGUAUGGUGGAUCCCCGGCCCCUGGAGCCGCCCAGCUGCAUUUACAUGUUCAGAAACUCCAACUGGAUCUCAUCAAAAGUGGACUUGUGCCCCCUGGAACAUUCUUUCAUUUGCCAGGCUGCCAUUCGGUACUUGGACUUCAGAGGGAAGGCCACAAAAGCAAAGGAGGCAAACAGAAUAUUGGUGGAGGAAGAUGAGAAGUGCAAGAUCCUGUGUCUUCCCAUCAGCUCAUUUCCUUCAACACUCCCCACAGUCACACGGCGGGUCAUGGCAGUGACCUCAGCGCCUACCGGCCAGCCUCUCCCUGACACGCUGGCGCUCACCAGACCGGAGCUUGAAACACAGUCCAGGCAAGCUGUGGUCAAGGUGACCUCAUGCCGCAGAGGGGACUCCCAGGCAGAGGUGUUCACCACUAACCCACAGACUUCAUUUCAGGACGCAUCUGAUCAGAAUAGCUGUGUGAGGAAGGGGCCCAGUUCGCUCUCUACCUCUGAGCAGAACCAUACCUCAGAGGACCUGACGGACCAGCGUCUAUACAAGAAAGCAGGGAAAAUGAGCAAAGUGAUUUAUGGUCUGCAAACUCACAGCAAAGUACAGACAGCUUGUGAGAUGCUCCAGAAACUGAUAGCCUUUCUCCCAGGAAUUUCUAAGUCAGCUCAGGUCAGUGUCCUCAGUCCACUUGGUGACCCGAAUAGGCAGUUACCAGGGAGCGCAUAUGAGAGCAACAGCAGUCUGGGCUUCGAAAACCCCGUGACUGUCUGCCUCAUUCACUCCCUCGACGAUGUCGUGGAAGCUGGUGAAGCCAGUCUGCAAAGAUCCAAGAAUGACAUUGAGCAGGUAGAAAAUACGCUGCAAAUGGCCUUGCUGGCCCUUGGAAAGAUCCAAGAAGUAUUUCUACAGCAGAACCGGGUUUCUGAGUCUUUAGUGACUAUGACCUCUUCCAUUGCUACUCUGAUGCUGAGCAGCCAAAACAUGUCAACAUGGCCUUUGAGCUCCUACAGUCUCUGGUCCCCAGCACCUGUGAGGUUAGUCUUUCCAUCAGCCUCAGCUUUGCAAGAGCUCUUGAACAGACACCCAGGAGUCAAUGUCCAAGUGAUAACAGGACUAGCUUUCAAUCCCUUCAGGGAUUUUGAUGACGAGAACAUUGUUGGAAGCAUCGGGAGUGUGUUGCUAAGCUCUAAUCAUAAAUUGUUCCAAGUUGAUGACUUAAUGGAAGAUAUCGAGAUCAUGCUGUGGAGAAAUGUUAGCAUGGAAAUCCAUCGCACCAGCCUCAGUGUGAGCUCAGAUCAUUUUAUUAUUAUAGUGAACAUCACUUUCCUGGAGAAAUCCCUGAUCGUAUGCAUAGAACCUGGAAGUCGCCUUUUAAUGACUUACCUGGGGUUCCAGUAACAGCUGAACCACACCCACUUUGACCUUAACGUCUCCUUUCCAAAGACUCAGGUGUGGCAAAAAACUGAGGAAUCUACACGGGUGCUGAGCCCAGAGAGCCUGCAGCACGGGACCAGCCCCUACCACGUAAUGGCCCCAUGGAAUGACAGCAGGGAGGGCGCCCCGCAGACACCGCGGCUCUCGGUGGUGACGGCCGUCACGCGGGGUUAUUUCUGGGACGGCCACAACAGCAUGUGGAAGAGCCGUGGAUGCCACGUUAGGCCACAGAGCACGGUUUUGAGGACGCAGUGUCUCUGUAACCGCCUGGCCUACUUGGGCAGCGACUUCUUCAUUGUGCCCUGGGCCAUGAACAUUAAGGACACGACCAAGCUCUUCCUUCGCGUGACCAACAACCCUGCUGGGGUGUCUUUGCUGGCCAGCCUUUUCGGAUUCUAUAUACUCACGUGUGUGUGGGCUUGGAGAAAGGAUCAAGCAGACAUGCAGAAGGUGGUUAUCACCCUUUAUGGAUCAGAGGGACAGAGUGAGCCCCAUCACCUUUGUGACCCUCAGAAGGCAGUGUUCGAGCGAGGGGAACUGGACGUCUUCCUCCUCACUACCCAGUCCUCCCUCGGGGAGUUGCACGGCCUGAGGCUCUGGCAUGACAACUCGGGGGCCAGCCCUUCUUGGCACGUAAACCAGGUCACUGUCGGUGACCUGGCAGGUGAAUGGAAAUGGUACUUCCUGUGCAACUGUUGGCUGGUGGUGGACCUUGGAGAGUGCGCGCGUGACCGGGUCGUUGUGCCAGUCUCGAAGAAAGAGCUCUUUUCCUUUAGACACCUGUUCUCAUCCCUCAUUGUAGAGAAGCUCACCCAGGACCAUCUGUGGCUCUCGGUCUUAACUUGACAUCCCUGGAACCGGUUUACGAGAGUCCAGAGACUCACUUGCUGCCUGACGUCGCUGCUGUGCAACAUGGUGGUCAAUGUUGUGUUCUGGAGGAGAGGCAGCAGCACGGCUGAGAGAGACGAGCCAGUGGGUCCGUUUCCUGUGACCUGGUCCCAGCUGCUCACCAGCGUCCAAACUGCUGUCCUCCUCUUCCCCGUCAAUCUUGUAACUGUGAUCCAGCCACACGAACCCCUGCCUCCCUUUCCUCUCAGCCAAGCCUCCUGCCUCCCAGAGGCUCCCUUUGAGCCUCUGUCUCUCACAGAGGUGGUUCAAGAAUUGAAGGAAACGGUGGGAUUCCUGCUCAGGAGAAACACCUACCUCCUCUCAGAGUGGGACCAAUCUUUAUGGGCGUCUCACAGCUUUAUCAAGAUGACGUAGCUUUUAGCCAGCCUUGUCUCUUCUCACUUGGAAGGUCACGGCUCUCCUCAGCAGGCAGGACCCCAUCCUGCAAAUGCGGUUCCUGAAAGCCACCAUCAUCUGUCCCGUUACCUGCUCGGAGUUCUGCAGCGGCUGCAGUCGCAUUUACGCGCCCCGGAUCCCACCCAGGCCGACCCGCCUUGUGACGUCCUUGAUGCCACGGACCGACUGCAAAAACUCCAGGAGCUCUCGGAAACACGUCUCCUUCCCACAGAGCAAGGCCCUCCAGGUAAGGCCACGAGUUUCCCCAUCCUGAGCCCAGAAGAGAGGAAGCCCGUGGCUCAUGGCCUGCGCCGAGGGUUGACUUACCUCUGCUGGCUCUUCCUGGGCGUCACUAGCCUGGCUGCAGACUUUUUUACUGCACUUUAUAGCUUGGAACUGACCAGAGAGCAGGCCACCAGCUGGGUUGUGUCAGUGAUGUUAUCCGUGCUUCACAACCUCGUCAUCAGCCAGCCAGUCCAGGCCAUUUUUCUCCUUCGCGGGAUUGAAUGGAGAAAGAAGCUGACCCUGUCGUUCUGUUUUCCCAGAGUUCCGCAGCAUCUUGGACAGAGCCACUGGCUUGAGCAUUGCACCAAAAGCCUCUCUGUGGAAUCUGUGGUCUUCGGUGCUAACGUGAACCUGUUCUGUGUAGUGACCCUGAUUUUGGAGUCCAACAAUGCAGGUGCGUUCUUCCCCUCACUGAGGCUGGACACUUUAACUUCCCUUCAGGCAUCAAAGAAGGACUUUGCCUGGUCUCUCAUCUUGCAAGUCAUCUAUUACCUACUAGUCUGUUACUCUGCCUUUGUACAGGGUCAUCGGCUGAAAUAACAGAGGUGGAGGUUCUUCUCUAGGAAAAGAAACAUUCUGGACGUGAGCAUAAUUCUCAUUAGCUUUGUCCUCCUGGGUCUGGACAGGAAGCGUACUUCUCUGCAUAAGAAAAACAUGGCGCAAUACGCUAUGAGCGGGACAGGUAAGACAGAGCCUGAGGAGCCCAGGUUCAUCAGCUUCUACGAGGCAGUGCAAGUAAACUCAGCCAUCGUUCACCUCAUGGGCUUCCUGGUUCUGUUGGCAACUGUUCAGCUUUGGAACCUGCUGCACCAUAACCUCAGGCUGCAGGUCUUCGGUAGAACCGGCAAAGCCUGGGACGAGGUGGUGGGCUUCUUGCUGGUCAUCUUGAUCCUGCUCACAGGCUAUGCCACUGCUUUUAACCUGCUGUUUGGAUAGAGCAUCACUGACUACCGAACUUCCUUCAGCUCAGCAGUGACUGUUGUUGGCCUUCUACUGGGAACCGCUCAUCCGGAGGAGAUUAUUGCUUUAGACCCAGUCCUGGGAUCCUUUCUGAUUCUCACCAGUGUCUUCCUGAUGCUACUUGUGAUCAUUAACCUUUUUGUUUCAAUGAUUCUCAUGGCCUUUGGUAAAGAAAGAAAAUCCCUUAAGGUAGAAGAUUGACUGAUAGAGAUGGUGCUACAGAAACUCGCCAGUUUACUAGGAAUCCAGCGACACCAGAACACUGAGCAAACAGCCAUGACAGCAAUGGGCAGUAACACAGAGGCUUUAAAAGAUGGAUUACCUGGGGUGCCUGGGUGACUCAGUCAGCUAAGUGUCUGCCUUGAGCUCAAGUCAUGAUCCCAGGGUCCUAGGAUUGAGCCCAUCUGGCUCCCUGCUAAGUGGAGAGCUCACUUCUCCCUCUCCCUACCUUUGUAGGGUACAGUUGAGAAAAUUACUGGUUUAAUAUACUGUUAAUUUUGUAAUCACUGAGGAAUCAAAAUCUCCCGUAGCAAGUUCUUGGGUUUAUGGCUGUCAGGAAAAGGUUAACAUGACAAGAGCGCUACAGGAUAAUCCAGCUCUUGCAAAAGCAAGAGACACUCACCACCAAUGUUUUCAGCGUGGCUGUGGGAAAUACGUAUGAGUCAGAGGUGAGCUCACUGCUCACCUCUGAUAUUAAAAUCAAAGAUGUAAGUGUGAGGUUUGGCUAAUGGGCAGCCCUGUCCCAGAGGACUAAGCAAGCAAACUCAAAAAUGUUACCUGGGCUUAAAUACAGAAAUAGAAACGGACUCGCUG